CUCUUUAUAAAUCCUAAUCAAUUAUUCAUCCCAAAAAAAUUAAAUAAAUUUAAAAAGUACUAAACAAAAUCACUUUGUUCUUUGUUUGCUGGAUUCUCACGCAAACCUCAUCUCUAAUUGUUCAUACCCAAAAAAAAUCAUCUGAAAAAUUGAGAAAAAAAUAAAGGAACAAAACUUCAUGUCUUCAUCUUCCUGGAUUUUUCACCAGCACACUCCCAACGAAUGUCUCUCUCAUUCCCAAUUCUGAUAUUCAAACCCUCUCUUCUCUCUCACUGCCACUAGAGUCUCUCUCGGUCUCACUAGAGUCUCUACUUGUUCACACAGUCACACUCACCGGCGUCUCGUUGAUCCUCUCCUAUCAUCGCCGGCGUUUCAACGUCUCGCGGCCUUCCCUGGGCUCCUCCUCGCCGGCGACAGAAGCACUUGUCGGAUUGUGGACCGUCGCGAGUCGCCGUGGAUCGUGGACCGUCGUAGGGUCGUCACUUGCUUCGUCGCUCGUCCCCUUAUGGGGUCGGGUCCUCUUCGUCACCCAGUCGCCCUUGGUAAGUCCAUGCAUCAUCACUUCCCUGUUCUCCCUUUCCCAGAUUCCCUUCUCCCAAAAAAUGGUAAGGUUGAGGUGCCUCAAAGGGUUCAACCUGAUAUCUUUAGAAACGAGACAGCACAAAUGCCAGAGUCAAGGAAUCCAUUACUGGAUGAAGAUUUAGUUAGGAACAAUGUCGGGCAUGAUGGAGAAAAAUCGACUCAUUCUAAGAGAAAUGGAAUCAUGUUGGACACGGGUUCAGAUCUUUCUACCACAUUGGCUGAGGAUGAUGAUUCCAACCUCAUCCCUUCAAGGUUGCGUGACAAUAUUGUAGGGACUGGUGGGUCAUGUUCCAAACGGAGAAGGUUGGAUUGUGAUCCUGUGGUCUCAUCUAACCCUUCUACAACUGAGCUUCAGGAUGGAGUUGAUACUGAUGCAAGUGUGUUGCAAAAGGAAUAUCCUGUAAAUUCACCAAAAGAAGUCACAAAGCACACAUGUCUAAUUUGCAAGAGUGGUGGACAGCUACUAGGAGAAAACUGCAGGUUCUGAAGAGGAUGAAGAAAAAGGAGUACCUGCUUUUUGGCUCAAUGCAAUCAAAAACAAUGAAGUGUUAGCUGAAGAGGGGGUUCCGUCUGUGAUGGUUUAGAACUCUGUUGUUGGUGAUGCUGCUGAUCAUGAAGCAAUUGACGAGGAACUUCAUCUUGAAAAUCUUAAGGUGAGCUUGUUCGCGGCAUCGUUGAAGCCGGGAAGAAGGCAGGCCAUGCUAUAUGUGGUGGGCAUAUAAGUGGGAUGUUCGGGUUUUUCUUCACAGAAGGACCUGUUUACAAUUUUGCAGAUGCCAAGAAGAGUGAUACGGC